CGGGCCCCUGCGCUCUCCAGCCAAUUACCUCCCGGCGGGGGCGUGGCCGCGGCACGUGGGCGGAAGAUGGCGGACGGCGGCGCGGCCAAGCGGCCCAAGGCGCUGCAGGCUCCGGACAGGAAGGUGGACUGGCGGCGCUGGAAGCAGGAGAGGAAAGCCGAGAAGAAGAAAUGGAAGGAGAUGAAGCUCCUGAAGAAACUGGAGAAGCAGCGGAUGCAGGAGCUGGAGGAACAACAGGCAGAGAAGCAGGAGGAGCAGAAGGAGGAUAAAGGGCGGCACCACACGCUGAGCGUGGCCCUGCCGGGCUCCAUCCUCAACAACGCCCAGUCGCCGGAGCUGCGCACGUACCUCGCCGGACAGAUCGCUCGCGCCUGUGCCAUCUUCUGCGUGGACGAGAUCGUAGUGUUUGACGAGCACGGAGAAGACGUAAAGACUGUGGAGGGGGACUUUGAAGGAAUCGGGAGGAGAGGCAAGGCUUGCGUGCAGCUGGCUCGGAUCCUGCAGUACUUGGAGUGCCCUCAGUACUUAAGGAAAUCCUUUUUCCCAAAACACGAGGAUCUGCAGUUUGCAGGGCUGCUCAACCCCCUGGACAGCCCCCACCACAUGCGGGUGGACGAGGAUUCGGAGUACCGAGAAGGUGUAGUGUUGGACCGGCCGACUAAGCCAGGCAGGGGCUCUUUUGUUAACUGUGGGAUGAGGAAGGAGGUGCAGAUCGACAGGCAGCUGAACCCCGGUCUGCGAGUCACCGUGCGCCUGGAGGAGCCCCAGAAGCCAGAAGCCAAAGUGCGGAAAGGCACCGUGGUGUCCUCGCACCACCCUCGGACGGUGUCAGGCUUGUACUGGGGCUACAGCGUCCGCCUCGCCUCCUGCUUGAGCGCUGUCUUUUCAGAGUGCCCGUUCAAGGAAGGCUACGAUCUCUCUAUUGGAACCUCAGAGAGGGGCAGCUCUGUGGACCAGGCCACUCUCCCCUCCUUCAGGCAUGCCCUUGUCGUGUUUGGAGGUCUUGAGGGCUUGGAAGCUGGGGUUGAUGUGGACCCAAACCUGGAGGUCACUGACCCAAGCGUCUUGUUUGACUUCUACCUGAACACUUGUCCCGGCCAAGGCAGCAGAACCAUCCGGACUGAGGAAGCGCUGCUGAUCUCUCUGUCUGCGCUGAGACCCCACAUCGAUAAGGCUGUGAAGACGCCCAGCGACAGCUGAGGGAAGGGAAACCACUGACCUUGCUGUCAGCUGAGGACUGUUUCAGGGAAGCGGCUCUUCAAAGGUGGGGCCAAGACACAGCGGGACGAAAGCUGGCAGUGCCACCAGACCAAGCGUCUGGCUGCUGUUGGGAGCAGCAAGGCUGCACCUUUCUGCCUGCAUGGUCCAGCCAAGGACUCUGCAGCUGCAACAAGGCUGGCAGCAGAGGAGUUCUUGGCAAUUCAGACAUCUGGGGUGAGGAAUAAAGCAGUGUGGAAGCUCA